AUGGCAUCAGUACAGAUUCCGCCCGCUGUCCAGCUCCCGGGCGCGCCAAUGCCUGCCGGGGCGACCAAGCAACAGGCCGAAGAGGUCUUUAAGAAACUCAAGCAAAUGAAAGAACAGGGCAUCCCGCCAUCCGACCCCGAGUAUGUGAAAGCCUCACAGUUCCUGCUCAACUUUCAGCAGCAACACAACAUGCGACGAACCCAGCAGCAGUACAUCCAGGCUCAGCAGCAGAUGCAACAGAAUGCUCAAAACGCCCAAAACGCCGCUGCCAAUGCUGCCAAUGGCACUCUCAAUGGUGUUCACCCGGGUCGCCCGCAGCAGAAUGGGCCCCAAACGACGCAGGCUGCGCCAAAUGCCGUUGGAGCGACGACUGCGGCGCCUAACCUGAAUGCACCUACUGCCGCUGCCCCGAGCAUCCCUCCGCCAUCAAGCUCCGGUUCAUCAUCGAGCCACUUCACCCAAAAGCAGCUGGGCUUGCUUAGACAGCAGAUUCAUGCAUUCAAGCUUCUCGGCAAGAACGCCGGCAUCUCUAUGCAGCUCCAACAAGCCAUUUUCCAGCAGCGUCAACUACGCCAAGCUGGCACCUCGUCCUCGAUUCCAACUCCGGCCUCAUCAAAGACUCCCCAACCUGGCUCGGAUGCUUCCAAGUCUACGCCAAAUGGUGUCGAGCCUUCUACUCAAGACGACUCGCUCUUACUUCCCAAGCCACAUACCUACAAGACUGUCAAAUCACCAUAUGGCACUAGCAUGAUUCGAUCCUCUAUCAAGUAUUUUGAUCAUGCACAGCGAAAGAACCGAUGGUUUAUUCCAGGUGUCUUCCCGACAGGCAUUGAUUUCGACCAUCUGCGGUAUGAAAGAGAAGUUGUCGUCUUCAACCGCAUGAGCCAACGAUACUCGGAAUUGAAAAAUCUGCCUGCAAAUAUUGCCCACUGGGACACCACCAAGGAGAAUGUCGAGGUUGAUGAUUCCGUAAAGGUCAAGGCCGUCAUUGAAAUGAAGAGCUUGGCCUUGUACGCCAAACAGCGGGCUCUUCGCGAGAAAAUUGCCCGCCAGAUGAUGCACUACGAUAACCUGGCUAUGACGACUAACCGGACAAACUACCGUCGUAUGAAGAAGCAGAAUGUCCGCGAGGCUCGCAUUACAGAGAAGCUCGAGAAGCAGCAGCGUGAUGCUCGCGAAAACCGCGAAAAGAAGAAGCACAACGACUUCCUUCGGGCUAUUUACAACCAUCGUGCCGAGAUUACCGAGACCGCGGCCGCCCAGAAGAACAAGUCGCACAAACUCAGCAGGCUCAUGUACUCACACCAUUUCAACAUUGAAAAGGAAGAGCAGAAGCGCAUCGAGAGGACAGCUAAGCAGCGUCUGCAGGCUCUCAAGGCCAACGAUGAGGAGGCCUAUCUCAAACUGCUCGACCAAGCCAAGGAUACUCGUAUCACGCAUCUACUCAAGCAGACCGAUGGCUUCUUGCACCAGCUUGCGUCGUCGGUUAAGGCCCAGCAGCGCCAAGCCGCCGAGACCUAUGGUACCGAUGCGGGCACCUUUGUUGAGGAAGAGAGCGAACUUGACGAAGAAGACAGCGGUAAGAAGAUUGACUACUACGCUGUUGCGCAUCGCAUUCGCGAAGAGGUUACCCAGCAGGCCAGCAUCCUGGUUGGAGGUACACUGAAGGAGUACCAGAUCAAGGGUCUGCAGUGGAUGAUAUCCCUAUAUAACAACAACCUCAAUGGUAUCCUUGCAGACGAAAUGGGUCUCGGAAAGACGAUCCAGACCAUCAGUCUGAUCACCUACCUGAUUGAGCAGAAGCAGCAGAGCGGACCCUACUUGGUGAUUGUUCCAUUGAGUACUCUUACCAACUGGAAUCUCGAAUUCGAAAAGUGGGCCCCGUCCGUAGCUCGCGUCGUGUACAAGGGUCCCCCCAAUACCCGUAAACUGCAGCAGGAAAAGAUUCGACAGGGUCGAUUCCAGGUCCUCCUGACUACUUACGAGUACAUUAUCAAGGAUCGGCCUAUCCUCAGCAAGAUCAAGUGGUUCCACAUGAUUAUCGAUGAAGGUCAUCGUAUGAAGAACACGCAAUCCAAGCUCAGCGCCACCAUUCAGCAGUACUACACCACGCGCUUCCGUCUGAUUCUCACUGGUACUCCUCUUCAGAACAACCUUUCUGAACUGUGGGCCAUGCUCAACUUCGUCCUGCCAAACAUUUUCAAGUCUGUCAAGACGUUUGAUGAAUGGUUCAACACUCCCUUUGCCAACACUGGUGGCCAGGACAAGAUGGAGCUCACUGAAGAAGAGCAGAUUCUCGUCAUUCGACGUCUGCACAAGGUCCUGCGACCCUUCUUGCUGCGUCGUCUGAAGAAGGAUGUCGAGAAAGACUUACCCGACAAGACCGAAAAGGUCAUCAAGUGCAAGUUCUCGGCGCUGCAGUCCAAGCUGUACAAGCAGAUGGUUACUCACAACAAGCUGGUUGUCAGCGAUGGCAAGGGCGGCAAGACUGGUGCUCGCGGUUUGAGCAACAUGAUUAUGCAGCUGCGAAAGCUUUGCAACCAUCCGUUUGUGUUUGAUGUGGUCGAGAAUGUCAUGAACCCUCUCAACAUCAGCAACGACCUCCUCUGGAGAACGGCGGGUAAAUUCGAACUGCUAGAUCGAAUUCUACCCAAGUACAAGGCGACCGGCCAUCGUGUGUUGAUGUUCUUCCAGAUGACGGCCAUUAUGGACAUCAUGGAAGACUAUCUUCGUUACCGGAGCUACAAAUAUCUACGUUUGGAUGGUACAACGAAAUCUGAUGAGCGUUCUGAUCUCCUCCGAGACUUUAAUGCGCCUGGCUCUGAAUACUUUUUGUUUUUGCUGUCUACUCGUGCCGGUGGUCUGGGUCUUAACCUGCAAACGGCCGAUACCGUUAUCAUCUACGACUCUGACUGGAACCCUCAUCAGGAUUUACAGGCUCAAGAUCGUGCUCAUCGUAUCGGUCAGAAGAACGAAGUGCGAAUUCUGCGUCUUAUCAGCUCCAACUCGGUUGAAGAGAAGAUUCUGGAACGCGCUAGGUUCAAGCUGGACAUGGAUGGCAAAGUCAUUCAGGCAGGUCGUUUCGACAACAAAUCCUCUGAGACUGAUCGAGACGCCAUGCUUCGAACUUUGCUGGAAACUGCGGAUAUGGCCGAGUCUGGCGAACAAGAGGAGAUGGAAGACGAAGAGCUCAACAUGUUACUCGCUCGUAACGAUAAUGAGCUUGUGGUUUUCCAAAAGUUGGACGAUGAAAGGCAGAAGGACCCUGUCUAUGGCGGUCCCAAAGGAAAGUCUCGACUAAUGGGUGAAGAUGAGCUGCCGGAUAUUUACCUCAACGAAGGCAAUCCCAUCUCAGAUGAUGCUGAAGAAGUUAUUCUUGGUCGUGGCGCUCGUGAGCGUACCAAGGUGAAAUACGACGACGGCCUAACAGAAGAGCAAUGGUUAAUGGCUGUGGAUGAUGACGAGGAUUCUCCAGAAGCGGCCGCGGCACGCAAGCAAGCCCGCAAGGACAAGAGAGAGGCCAACAGGCUGAAGAAAUCCAUGGUCAACUCGGUUGACGACUCACCCUCAGCCAGCCGCGCCAGCACGGAAGAAGUCGAGACGCCCAAGAAGAGGGGCCGCAAGCCUGGUAGCAAGAAUGACAAGCGAAAGGCAGAAGAAGAGAAUGACGAACCUCCUACGAAGAAGCGACGCGGCCCUCAGGGACGGCCCAGCAAGUCUGCUGCCCACGCUGAUGCUCGGAUGUCGGCGCAGCAACGAGAGGUUCUGCAAAAGAGUUUGCGGGCGCUCUACGACAGUCUAAUGAACUUGGAAGUGGACGACAUCGAGCCGCCGGCGGAGGAUGAUGAAUCCGAUGCCGGGAAGCGUCUCAUUAUCGGACCGUUUGUCAAGUUGCCUCCGAAGCGCGAGUAUGCUGAUUACUAUGUGAUUAUUCAAAACCCCAUCUGCAUGAAUCACAUUCAGACGCGUAUCAAGAAGGAGGAGUACAACUGCCUAAGCGACCUUCGCAAGGACUUUGACUUGCUGAUACGCAACUGCCAAACAUAUAACGAAGAUGGUAGCAUCCUGUACCAGGAUGCUAAAACAAUGGAUGAAUUCUUCACCCAGAAAUACCAGGAGGAGUUGGACGCACACCCAGAGCUUCUUGAGUUGGAAGAAGGUGGCAAGGCAGGAUCAGCGGCGCCUUCUGGCAACGGAAGCACCCCGCAACCGAGCGGAACUCGUAUCAAGAUCAUUUCCAGCGCGGCCAGAGAAGCAAAUGGCGCUCGCUCUGCUGCCCAAAGCGACGAAGACUGA